CGCGUCUUCAACAUUGCAAAAGCUCAAAAAGUGGACUAUAAAUCCUACGCAUGACCACUGCGCACUUGUAGUACGCUGCCAUCGUUCUUUGCGUUGUCUGCGUGCCACCUCUGACCAGAGUCGGCUACCGAUAUCAUGACAACCCAUGUCCCCAGAGCGUUCUACUCGCAGGAGGAACUCGACAAGCUUUACCCAAACGAGCUGCAAUUGCAACUUGUUCAAAUCCUUCUACGCCAUGGCGAACGAACUCCAGUGUCACCGCGUUUCCAGAAUACUGGCCUACAGCCAUAUUGGCCGUACUGUAAUGCUGCACGGCAACUGUCCAGCGUCAUCAUGAGUACCAAGGACUUCUCCCAGUGGGAUCAUCUCAAGUAUCGCAGGCGAAUCGAAACUUUCGGAGUUGAUGAUGGGCCAGAUAUCGCUUCAGGACCGAAUAAUGAAUUCGAUGCCGUCUGCCAACCAGGAGAGCUCACCGACAAAGGUCGCCAAACGACCCUAGCUUUGGGUCAACGACUUCGUCAUCUUUAUGUUGACCAGCUUUCUUUCAUGCCAAAGCUUAUUGCUGACAGCGAUAUGAUCUAUCUGCGGGCUACGCCUAUACCAAGAGCCCUCGAAUCUGUCCAACAAGCGUUCUGGGGUUUCUAUCCACCGUCUGCACGAACGGCUGACUUCCCUCCUCCCACUAUCAUUACUAGGAGUCCUGCUGACGAGACUCUUUUCCCCAACGAUGCCAGCUGCAGACGGUUCGGCCAGCUCAGCCGUGCGUUCGCGCAGCGAGCCGCUGAACGAUGGAACGACACCGACGACAUGCAGUACCUAUCAAAGUUGUUCUCAAAGUAUAUGCCCGACCAGGCUAAAGUAGCUGUGGACUCUCGACCAAGGCUUUCCGGUGUCAUGGAUACACUCAACGCCACAGAUGCCCAUGGCCCUGCGACCAAACUACCCAAAGAAUUCUACGAUCCCAAAGCGCGCGCCAUCAUUGACAAGAUUGCAGUAGAGGAAUGGUUCAAGGGCUACACCGAGUCGACCGAAUACCGCAUGCUCGGCAUUGGUGCUCUCCUAGGCGACAUUACAUCUCGUAUGGCCGGUAGUGUGGAACAGAAUGGCCGCGACGGGCUUCUUGAGAUCGGCGGUAGUAAUGGCGCACUAGGCCGUGGCCGAGGAGGAGAGACGAAUACCAAACUCGCUCUCUCUGGCUGUCACGACACUACACUCGCUGCAGCCCUGGCCUCUCUUGGUGCAUUUGAUGACGAGAAAUGGCCGCCAUUCACAAGUCACAUCGCCUUUGAGCUCUUUAAAGCGAAAACCACGCCGUCUCGACCCGCAACACCUACGCUGAAUCAGAACGCCCCACCAAAAGCGCAGAGCUGGUGGUCUUCCCUCUUCGGUAGCACGAACCUCACGACUACCUCCGGUGCUCCUCAGCAGAAUGGCAUUGCACGCAAGCCUCUUUCUGAGAUGACUUCUGCGCAGCGCGAGGAAAUCCAGGGCUUUUACGUUCGCAUCCGCUAUAACGACAAGGUCAUGCAAGUUCCGGCCUGCAACGCUCCAGGGAAACAUCUCGAAGGCGACACAACCUUCUGCACACUUGAGGCGUUCAAGGGUGUGGUUGAUAAGAUCACGCCUCCGAACUGGAAGGUAGCAUGUAGCUCGAGACUCGAUGCCCCAGCGUUUCCAGAGAAGGUUGAGCUUGCUGGAUACGAGUAGAUGAUUGGCCCUGAAAGCUAUACAGUGUAUGUUUUACUUCGUAGACUACAUAGACAUAUCGAUUGUAUCGUCACUGAUCAAAAGCACAUGGCAAGGCGCUGUGAACUGGGUUCUGAUCAAAUACUUCAAUUAUACUUUAUCUGG